AUGAGCAUCAACCGACAAGAUACCGAUUUAAUAGACCUCUCGCCUAUAUCCUCCGGUCCCUCCACCCCCAUAUCCCGCCACCACCACCAAUCCCACACCAAUACCCACACUCACACGUUCCCGGAGUCCAAACCGCAAUCUCCUCCGCCCCAGGGCCCUUCCUCCUCCGGCAGCGGCUACGGCAUCAUAUUCGGCCUCUGGCGCCGCUUCUCCUCGCUCGAGUCGCCCACGUCUUCUCCCCUCUCCCACUCACAGCUAUACAAUGCCAAUUCGGAACCCGUAGGCGCGGGCGACGGUAUAACAGGGCCGUUUAUCCCGCCGACGCGCCGCACACCGUCGCCCCUGCGUGGACUGCCUUCUCUCGAGCCCUUGGUGCUGCACGGCUAUCGCACUGACACGCGGACUGAUGAGCGGUUGCUAGCGCAUGGUCUGGCGGAGGAGAUCAGGACGUUCUUGCCCGAACGAUUGAAGAUCAUCGAGGACUGGCGGUUGGUGUAUAGUUUGUACCAGGAUGGCAGUUCGUUGGCUACGCUGUAUAAGCGGUGUGAGGAGUACCGCGGACGGAGGGUCGGGUUUGUGCUUGUUAUACGGGAUGGGAGGGAAGGGACCUUCGGCGCAUACCUGACAGAAGCACCACACCCAGCGCCAUCCUACUUCGGCACAGGAGAAUGCUUCCUCUGGCGCGCAAGCCUGCACGCGCCUCUCCCUCCGCCCCCCUCCGCCGACACAUCCAACAUGAACUUCCGCACGACGACGAUCGCCUCCCCGACCGCCACCACCAACACCAACACCAGCACUACCAACGCCGACUUCCCUAGCGUCGACCGCCAGCCCGCAAGCCAGCUAGCACCCGCGCCGACCGACCUAGAAACCGGCAAGGCAGCGGCCUCGGCUUCGGUGCAGAGCAUCCGGUUCCAGAACUUCGCGUACACGGGCGCCAACGACUACUGCAUCUUCUGCGAGACGGGCUUCCUGUCCGUGGGCGGCGGCCGCGGCGGCACCUACGGCCUGUGGCUGGAUAACGGGCUGACCCGGGGCCAUAGCGCGCCGUGCGAUACGUUUUUGAACCAGCCGCUUAGCGACGAGGGCGAGAAGUUCGACGUGUUUGGUGUGGAGAUGUGGGUUGAUGGGGAGAGCAUGAAGUAUCGCGAUAAUUUCGGCAAGUGUUUAUACGAGCAGCAAGGCAAUGGGAAGCUCGUCGUGGUGUGGUGUAGCAUGAUGCGGUAUACCGAUGAACGAGCCAAGCCCGGCCAGGCAGGGAUGGAAAAGGGGCUGGAAAUACCUAGCAGAUAA